UACUCCACCGCAGUCAGACAUACUAUUUGGACCCGCCCUCAGCACUGAUUCCAUCAGACAGAUUCAAGUUCUUUAUCGAAGUCCUUGCGCCUUACCACUGGCAGUAGUCUAGUGCUUUAUUCUCAGUUGUCGCCAUGGGGGACAGCGAUACUGACUCUUCCGCAGAUUCCGAGGGCCUUGAGGAAGGGGAGGAGCCCAGCUCCCUCACUUUCCGCACUGAUGGUGGCUGGCUAAAACGCUUCUUUGACUCGGCCUUUUUCUGCGAGUGGAUUGCCGUCACGUACCUUUUCAAGUAUGUUUGGACAAGACGUUUUCGUCGGAAGGUCGAAUGAAGUACUGAGCAACUUGUUGUUUCUGUUUCAGGCACCAGAGCGGCGGCGUGCGAGACUAUUUGUGCGACAGAAUGUAUUCGUUACCCUUGGAAGGAGUUCAGGAUUACUUAUUUCAAAUUUGCUACCUCGCUGUUCACAAGCCAAGUCCGUCUCUCGAGAAGUAUACUACUGAUGUCUGCUCCCAGUCUCUGCAUUCGUUUCUUCGGGUGUACUGGUUUUUGUCGGCUGAGCUCGCUGAUCGACCCAAUGAUCUGUCCGUUGCCAGCAUUCAAUCCAGAUCUUACGAGGCUACCAUGCAGGGUGUGGUUCCUAGCCUAAGAUGUCCCAGACCACCACGGGUUUCGUUCUUCGGACGUCAGAACGUGUUUCAGCUCAUGUCAUCAGCCUCCAGGCGUUUGCUUCCCCUCCCUUCUGCCUCUCCGAGCGCCACCCAUACCUUUGAUGGGAAGAACCCCAUUCUAGCAGUUGCACCGAGCUAUGUCUGGGGAAGAGAAGCUCAGCAACCAGCAUCCAACGAACUGCCACCUCCCAAAAGCGCUGACUCUGUUCCGUCUCUUGAGGAUGACCCAAGCACAGAAACGAGCCUCAAGUCCGAACCGAGUGAUGUUGUCGUCACGCAUGAGUCAACAUUCUGGCGUUUCCUCCGUGAAAGGAGGCUCGGCACUCCUACUACUGACAGCAACCAGUCCCGUUCAGACAACAACACUGGCUGGAGCUUUCUGGGGGGAAGAAGGGAGGCAGUGUCAACCAUUGUGGGGGAUCUUGGAGCAGUUACAGAAGCUGAUGAAACGCAUGCAGAGGACGGAGAGAGUGGGGCUUGCAGCCCAUCGCUGAACCAAGGAAGACGCAAUUCUGGAGGUGAAGCAAGAAAAGCUGGAGUCAUGAGACGGCUCUUCGCAUUGGAUGGCAAUGGGGUGGAAACUCUUCAAGUUGCGGAUAAGAAUGACACCUUUUUUCAGCGGAUAUUUGGGGAGCCGUCAGAGCGAGCGGGACCGAGCUUGUUGGAUGGAAGCACGAAAACAUCUUCAGCAGCGGAGUCACGUGAAACAGCUGUGGAUGAUUGUUUUUGUGUUGAAGCAGGAGUCGUUACUGCAGCCGACACAAGCACAGCAUUUGUUGGAGGAAGCGGUCAAGGGCUAGUAGAGGAGGAAAUCGGUGCAGCUUCUGAUGCGACUUUUGAACAGUCUCCUUCGCAGAGCUCAACAGAAGCUGACUCCGUUGGGAGGCCUGUUUUCAAAGACAAGCUAACAACGGAUCUCACACAAACUGAUGGUGGAGAGGGAGAGUCAGCGGAUGGCGAAAACAGCUUGCUUAAGUGGAUGUCUUGGAAAAGAUCUGGUGGCAUGAGCAAGGAGGCAGUGACUCUGAUCGGAGGAGACAAGCACAGAAAGGAGUCACAGUCAAAAGAGAACGUUGGGAGUGAGCACGUGGGACUUCUGGGUCACAUUCUGCACAAAAAGACAGAAUGUGUUGAUUCUGUUAAUGACGCAGUCGUCUCUGGUUGUCCUGAGGAGCAGUCUGAAGGAGUUCAACAGAAGGACAUGCAACAGCAUCAAGAAAAAGCCGGCCCUUCCAGCAGCAGCACAGUGCUCAAGGUUCUGGUAGCCACUGCUGCAGAUGCCGCCUCUGGAGUGGUUGCCACUGCUGCUGGUGCUGCUGGUGUUGUUGCUAAUGCUGCUGGCGCUGCGUCCGGUGUUGUUGUGUCUGCAGCCGGUGCAGCUUCUGGAGUGGCUGCCACAGUCGCUGGUGCAGCAACAGGGGCGAGGUUGCUAGUGGGGGAGGCUGCGAGCCAAGCAGUCAGCAUGGUUCCCAAGAAUGCUCUUCGGCGAAAGGCUUCUCAAGAUGUGAGCAGUACCGUCUUCAGACCAGAGCCGGAAUUAGGGACUGGUCAAGAUGACGUGAGCCUUGAACACAUGGCAAGCCCUGAGCACGGGUUGCACCAUGUGAUUCAAGUUCCUCGAAGCGACACUUCAAGCUCUCAGGCCUCUCCAGCACAACUAGCAGACUCAUUGAAGAAGGGCGCGUGUGCAGCAGUGGAGGGCAGCCAUGGGCAGGACAAGAGGGCUGUGGUCAAGGCAUCCCCUGGAUUCAUGCGGAGGCUCUUCAAAGACAGACCAGAGGAGGAGCCCAAGGAUCCAUCGUUCCUCAACCUGAAUGCUGCUGCCACAACCUCUCCUGGAGGAAGCCAUAUCCCGGUCGUUGAUGCACCACUGCCCCAAAAAACAAGUGCCCUCCGCAGCCUCUUCAGCACACCAACGUUCUUUGCCUCUGGAGUUACUAAAGCCAAAGACAUGGCAGCAGAGGGCGGUCAGGAGGCUCCGCAGAGCAUUGCAGAGCAGAUUGCAAGCAGGGUUGGCUCGCUCAGGAGCUUAAGUGGCGGCUGGAAUCCUGAGCAUGCGCCAUCCACUUGCCAUGAGCCAGCCGCUGAUUGUGGGGCUGCAGACCACCAGCCAUUCAAGGGGGCAGUCGUCGAAGCUGAUGUGCAACCACAAGCAGCAGAGCCAGCUGCUACUCUGGAGCCCCUCGAGGCUAGUGACUCCGAUGUUCGGCUGAGCUCUGCUGGGGUUGAUGACGCCAGUCUUCUCACUGCAGGAGUGGUCAUCGAGCAGGCACGCCCUUCUUCCUCUCCCCAGAAGCAACCUGCUGCAAGUCCAAGCCCCUGGUCUCUGCGAGCAGAGGGACUCUUCUCCGCACUCAAAGGAGGAGCCAGGAGCAGCUCAAACCAAGCAGAGACACCGCUGGGGCGUGGGGAAAAGGAGGGUGUCUCUAUUGUUGAUAGCGGGGCGUCUGCUUCUCCUCAGACCGAGGAUUCAUUGGAGGGCCUGUAUGGCGGGCCAAAGCUCCCCAAGCAUCCAUCGUUCAGCAUCAGGAAGAGCACUGUUCUGGCCACGCUGGACUUCGUGAAGGCUCUUGGAGACAUCUCGUUUGGGCUGGUGGAUGUGUUUCCCAACGAGGACAGGCAGACCGCGCUCAGGGAGUCACUUGCAGAGCUCAACGCACAUCUCGCAGGCAUGCUGGCGAACGAGGGUGUGUUCUUCCCCAUGGGCAAGGGGUGCUUCAGAGUGGUGAGGCUGCUGGAGGACGAGGCUAUGCUUAUGAGCUCACGGGACAGAGUGCCCUUCAUGCUGCUCCUCGAAGUCCUCAACUGCCUCCCCUUGAGUGCACGCAAGGCCAGCACAGCACACGAGGGCAUGAAGCCAACCAAGACAGGGAUUCCCCUGGCAGCCAGUCAGCCCCUGCCCAUGCGCCCUCCGCCCUGGGCCCUGCACAUGUGGAGCCAGGCGCGGCCUGCCUCUCACAGCGCACAGGACGCCCCUUUGGGUCUGUCACGCACACUGUCAGACGUGGCCCUGGACCGUGCUAUGGCCAGCAUGUACUCCCGUAUGCGCCUCGUGCAGGUCGGACUCGAUGUCUGCAGACGACCUCUCUUCGCCUCUGCCGCUGCUGCUGCUCCUCCUCCUGCUGCUGCUGCUCCUUGUGGCGCUUGCACCACAGGCAUCCAGGGUGAAGGACAGCAGACUGCAGCAGGUGGAGCAACACUGGUGGGUGCUGCCGGCAGCUCUAGUCCAUGUGCAGGCAGCUCCCCUGUGACGUCCAGCAGUGACAUGGAGAAGGGUGGGCAUGCAGGGGAUGCAGAGUGGGAGGAGCAUGUGAGUGUGAGGCUGGUGGCGGUGCCAGGAGUGACUCUGGACGACCUCACAGGGCUGGAUGCUGUCAGCCUCUCCCGUGGCCGAGCCAGAGUGCCCAGCAGCCUUGCCAUUGCACAUGUCCGGGCAGUCACCCAUCAAGGCGAAGGGCCUCCUCCAGGCCUGCCUGUCACCAGCCCUUCGUCGGGAGUCGGCCCUGCACAGGAAAUGCUGGGGAAGCAUUCACUGGAGGAGAACUGGGAGAGCCGAAAGGCGAGAAUAAGGCAGUCGUCCAAGUUUGGCACCUCACCAGACUGGGACUUGCGGUCAGUGAUUGUCAAGAGCGGUGAUGACUGCAGGCAGGAGCACUUCGCCUUGCAGCUUGUAACACAUCUCUCUGACAUAUUCCAAGAAUCGGGGCUCCCACUGUGGCUAAGGCCGUAUGAAAUCCUCGUCACCUCAGGCAGCACUGCUCUCAUUGAGACCAUAACGGACGCUGUCUCUUUGCACGCUCUCAAGAGCCGCAACCCCCACAUCACGAGCUUACGGCAGUACUUCUGCGAGAAAUUCAAGCACGGCUCUCCUGAGUUUUGUAUGGCUCAGCAAAACUUUGUGGAGAGCAUGGCUGCCUAUUCUGUUGUCUGCUACCUCCUGCAACUGAAGGACCGCCACAAUGGCAACAUUCUUUUGGAUGAUCAGGGCCACAUCAUUCACAUUGACUAUGGCUUCAUGCUCUCCAACUCACCUGGCUCUGUCAACUUUGAAACAGCACCUUUCAAGCUUACUCGUGAAAUGGUUGAGGUUAUGGAUUCUGAUGCUGAUGGUUCUCCAAGCGAGGCAUUUGACUAUUUUAAGGUUUUGUGCAUACAAGGUUUCCUUACGAGUCGCAAGCAUGCAGAGCGCAUUUUGUUGCUGGUUGAGAUGAUGCAGCAAACCCGAUGCCCCUGCUUCAAGGCUGGCCAGCGAGUGCUGCAUAACUUGAGGAAGCGGUUCCACCUGACACUAACAGAGGAGCAAUGUGUCUCUCUAAUCCUGUCAUUUAUCAGCAAGAGUGUUGAUGCUUGGAGCACCAGGCAAUAUGACUACUACCAACGAGUGUUGAAUGGUAUUCUGUAAACACAGAUGUAAAUGCUCAGGGUUCAAUAUGUAAAAUGCAUUGUCAGUUGCUGGUACCGUAGCUUCUGAUUUGUUCACCAGUUGUGAAAUAAUUAUCAUGUACAUUU